CAGUUGUAUUUGUAACACCGUAUUUCUCUUUUUCUUUCCUUUUCCCUUUGGAGAUUGAAAUACUCAGAAUACGAGAGGAGAAAACCAGUUAGCAAAAUUGAGAGAGAUAAAGAAGGGGGUCCUCCAUAGAUUAUGCCUCACUCGGAGGCCAUAGCCUAUUCCUAUUCCGAUUUGCAGAUAGAAAUCCCUGAGUUUGUUAAACCCCAGAACGAAGCUCCACUCCCAUAUAAUAGUUUAUACUAUGCAUAGAUAAAAAAGAAUAUACAUCUGCACUGUUCUUGCGCACCGCCCAAUUCCAAUCAACUGUUCGUCUUCUCUUCUCCUAAUUCAUUUCAUUGUUUGACUGGUAAGCAGAGAGGCUGUAGAGUGAGUGUUUAGUAAGGCGAAAAGCUGCGGCUUCCUUGUGGUUGAUCCUGACGACAUGCUGGAAGACCGAUCGUGUUUGGUGUCAAGGGACUAUCACAGAGAGCGCAGCUGGGCUUGCAUGAGUUUCCGGCUUGAUGGGACUGGCAAAAGGCCAAUGGAAGAUGAUGAAGAGGAUGAACUCGUUCUUAGGAAAUGCCCGAAACAGUCUGACGAUAGUGGCAGAGUUGAUACCGCUCUAACCCUCGGGGGCAAUUCUUCGGUAUCUGAUGAGGCUGAUGAUGGAAAGCAAAUGACUUUGGGACAAGGCGGUGUUUUGAUGAAUGCCCGAGGUGGUGAUAUGGUGGCUGAUCAAGCGGGUGAUGAUCAGCAUUGCGAUGGGGUGAAUUCCGACACUAGCUGUCUAAUUCCCGGGAUUGGUCGAGACAACUCCAUUAGCUGUCUCAUCCGUUGCUCGAGGUCCGCUUAUGGCAUUGCGGCUUCUGUGAACAGGAGCUUCCGUUCGUUAAUUAGGAACGGCGAGCUCUAUAGAUUAAGACGCAUGAAUGGUAUAGUCGAGCACUGGGUGUAUUUUUCCUGCAACAUGUUGGAAUGGGAAGCAUUUGACCCGAGUCUCCGCCGUUGGAUGCGUCUCCCGACGAUGAAUUCGAACGAAUGUUUCGUGUUUUCGGACAAGGAAUCUUUGGCCGUGGGCACCGAGCUCCUCGUGUUUGGGAAGGAGUACAUGGCACAAGUCAUCUAUCGGUACAGUCUUUUGACCAAUUCAUGGUCGACCGGAAUGCAGAUGAACGAGCCUCGGUGUUUGUUCGGUUCCGCCUGCCUAGGGGAGAUUGCCAUUUUGGCUGGCGGGUGUGACUUGAAAGGUAAGAUCCUUAGCUCAGCUGAGCUAUAUAAUUCGGAGACGGGGACCUGGAGGCUGUUACCAAGCAUGAACAAGGCCCGGAAAAUGUGUUCUGCGGUAUUCAUGGACGGGAAGUUUUACGUGAUUGGAGGUAUUGGGGGACCCGAAUCGAAGCUUUUGACAUCUGGAGAGGAAUUCGAUCUCGAGACGGAAACUUGGACUGAAAUACCCAACAUGUGUCCCCCCCGCACGGGUGAAACUCGGGGAAACGCCUUGCCUACUACCUCCGAAGCACCUCCGUUGAUUGCGGUUGUAAACGACCAAUUGUACGCUGCCGAUUAUGCUGAAAUGGUAGUGAGGAAGUACGACAAGGAUAACCGAGUUUGGUUCACGAUCGGGAGAUUGCCGGAACGUGCAAAUUCCAUGAACGGUUGGGGCUUGGCUUUUAGGGCAUGUGGCGAUAAGCUUAUCGUGAUCGGGGGACCUAGGGCUACAGGUCCCGGGUUUAUCGAAGUGAACUCGUGGGUCCCGGGCGAAGGACCGCCCGAGUGGCAUUUACUCGGCCGGAAGCAAUCGGGUAGCUUCGUCUAUAAUUGCGCCGUGAUGGGUUGCUAAAAAACGUGGUUCUUUGGGUGCUCUUGCUAAUGGGUAAUCUAUCCCGACCUUUAUUUUCUUUUUUAUUCAGUGCAUUAUUUUUUUUUCCUUUUCUCUGUGGGAGGAUAUAGGGAGGAAUUAUCAACCGACUCAAGAUUUGACCGCAUAUUUCUUCUAAAGGAGUUGUUGAGUAUCAAAUUUUUUCUGCUUCGACAUUUUCAUUCAUAUUGAAUGAUCUUCCCCCAUUUGGUUAACAUGAAAUCUUCAAAGGAGGCCAGCAAAAAAUAGCAAAGGGAUAGGAAAAUAACUUCGAGGGUGGGAGCAAUACAAUACUAGAAAUCUCCGAUUAGUUUUCGUUGAAGCUUCUCCAAGAAAUUGUAGAGCUUAGUUCUCCAUUAAUGUUCGCUCUUUUCUCUUCCCCCACCUCUCUUUAUUUUUGUCAUAGUCGAGAAAACCCAAAAAAAAAAAAAAAAAACAAAAAAUAAUUAAGGUUCUGCAAUCUUCUUCAUCAGGAGCAUGUCAAUGUACUGAACACCUUUGAUAUUGCAAUGAAUGAGCUCAUAGUGAAAAGCUUUCUCUUGAAAUUCAUUCAUGGGAAGCUUGUUGCACCUUUUUUCUGAAA